AUGGCCCGGGAAGACAACGAGGCUGCAAUUCCUCUCGACCGUACGCAAUAUGAUUUGUCCGACCAAGACAUCGAGUUUUUCGCCUCUCAAGUUGGCAUCCGUGACAGGGAUGCCCUCAAGGACCAUAUCUUGAACAUCCAAGCAGAAGCUUACGAGGUGUACCCUUAUCCGUGCAUUCGUCUUCUAUCAUUUGCCAAGCUAAGAAUAUCAUUCUGGCUCGAUUACCAGCAGCUUCUUAAGCUCGGGAAGGAGCGUAAAGGCGCCAUCUUCCUCGAAAUGGGUUGCUGCGUCGGAACUGAUCCGCGAAAGGUCGCUGCAGAUGGGUUCCCUGCCGAGAACAUAAUCGCAUCUGAUAUCGAACCAGGUUUCUGGGAACUGGGCCACAAAUUGUUCAAAUCUACCCCGGAGACGUUUCCAGCGCGGUUCGUCCCAGGAGACGCACUCGACCAAUCGUUCCUCCAAGUGGUUCCUCCCUUCUAUUCCCCCCCAAAUACCGCGGUUCCAGCACUGUCUUCUUUAACGACCCUGACCCCCCUCGCAGGACACGUCUCCGCCAUCCAUUCGGCAUUAUUCUUUCACCUCUUCGAUGAGGCCCAGCAACUGCAACUCGCCCGUGCGCUCGCAGGGCUUCUCUCGCCAGAACCGGGGUCCCUCCUCUUCGGCGCGCAUGGAGGGCGCGUGCAGAAGGGGCUUGGCUCGCCGAUAUCGCGGGGGAGGCGCAUGUUCUGCCACUCCCCGGAGAGCUGGGCGGAGCUGUGGAACGGUCAGGUGUUCCGUAAGGGCACGGUGGAGGUCAACAGUCGGCUGGUGGAGGUGAGCUUGCCCACUACAGAGGGGGAAGAAUUUACGUUGUUGGUCUGGUCCGUUGUAAGACUAUAG